GUUACCGCCCACUCGCCCGGGUGCUGCUGGCUGGCUUCGGGUCGGAACCUGCGAAUGAUUUUGGCUCUACCUUCAUGUAGGACCUACUCCCUGUGCCGACCGCUGCAGUGAAUUCCACCUGCGGUGCUUUCUCUUGUGCUGGGCUUCAUCACCAGGCCUCAUCACCAGCUCCUGUCCCUUCUGUGUCCUGGACUCCGGAUACUUCGACUCUCAGGACUUUGUGCCCAACCCAGGAAAUCUGAUCCUGCCUGCACCAUUUACAGGCCCAGAUCCAUGGCUAUCUCCUCUUCCUCCUGGGAAUUACCCCUGGUGGCUGUGUGCCAGGUAACAUCCACACCAGAUAAGCAACAGAACUUUAAAACAUGUGCUGAGCUGGUUCGAGAGGCUGCCAGACUGGGUGCUUGCCUGGCUUUCCUGCCUGAGGCAUUUGACUUCAUUGCACGAGACACUGCAGAGACACUACGCCUGUCUGAGCCUUUGGGUGGGAACCUUCUAGGAGAAUACACCCAGCUUGCCAGGGAAUGUGGACUCUGGCUGUCCUUGGGUGGCCUCCAUGAGCGCAGCCAAGACUGGGAGCAAACUCAGAAAAUCUACAAUUGUCAUGUGCUUCUGAACAGCAAGGGAUCAAUAGUGGCCACCUACAGGAAGACGCAUCUGUGUGAUGUAGAUAUUCCAGGGCAGGAGCCUAUGCAUGAAAGCAAUUUUACCAUACCUGGGCCCAGUCUUGAGUCACCUAUUAACACACCAGCAGGCAAGAUUGGUCUAGCUAUCUGCUAUGACAUGCGGUUCCCAGAACUCUCUCUGGCAUUGGCUCACGCUGGAGCAGAAAUACUUACCUACCCUUCAGCUUUUGGAUCUGUUACAGGCCCUGCCCAUUGGGAGGUAUUGCUGCGGGCCCGUGCCAUUGAAACCCAGUGCUACGUUGUGGCAGCUGCACAAUGUGGACGCCACCAUGAGAAGAGAAGUAGUUAUGGCCACAGCAUGGUGGUAGACCCCUGGGGAACAGUGGUGGCUCGUUGCUCUGAAGGGCCAGGACUCUGCCUUGCCAGAAUUGACCUCAACUUUCUGCAACAGUUACGCCAAAAUCUGCCUGUGUUCCAGCAUCGCAGGCCUGACCUCUAUGGCAAUUUGGGUCACCCACAGUUUUAAGGCUUUGACUUCCAUGAGUUGAGAUAGAUAGAUACACAAGACACACAAAACCCCACCCCAACACAUUGUGAGAUGAUACUAUUGUGAUUUGUAGGCAGGAUCCAAGCAUAGCUCCCUUCACUUGGGGAACCUUGACUCUCAAUGGAACACAGACUCAACUUCUUGGGAAAGAAGAAACUUUCACCUGAGCUCAGAUUUCAGUUCCAGAAAAGUGGAAUUUUAUAUAGUCACUGUUUAUUUCAUGAAAACUGAAAUUAUGCUGAGGACUGAGCAGCACUGGCAUUGAAAAAAAUAUAAUAAUCAUAAAGUCUG